AUGUCCGCUCCACGUUAUAACUUUGACUUCCCGCCCGCCACCCAGUCGGCUUCUGACCAGGACUCGGCGAACUUGCCUGCCCGCCUGCAGCACAUUCGCCAGGCCCUCCAGCGCGAACGCGAGCAGCAGCGCGCCGAGAACGACGUCGCCGCCUCCGAACGCCGCAGCCGCUUGGCCGACCCCAGCCAGCCUCCCAUGCCUCGCCGCAAUCGCCGCGGCCCCCGCGGGCCCAACAGAUCCCAUGGUGCGUUCGAGGAUCAGCCUAGACGCAUUCGCUCGCCUCCCCGCCCAGAACCCUCCGAUCCCCCGACUUCGGCAAUCCGCAACAGACCCCAUGCCGAGCCGAGCCAGCGCUUCAGUGCCUUGCGCCGUGCACGCCAGCAGCGGGAGCAGAGCGGCACUCCUCUGUCCGAACUCACCGAGCUGGAGCGUGCCGGCGAGCGCCUCGCCGAGAUAAGCCAGAGCAUCUCCCAGCUCAUCGGUCCCAACAAUCUGUCCAACGCCGACCUGUUGCGUCUUGAAUUCGGCCCCCCCAGGGACGACCUGUCAGAGCGCAGGAGCUUCAAGCGGAGGAAGCUGGACCGGGACGAUGUCUCGGCCAUACUCAGCUCCAGAUACGGCCACUUUGGCCAGGUGGUGCCCGGGCGCCUGAGGAUGGAGAUUGUCAGUUGUGACGGUGGCGAGUACAGUGACAACUCGGGGGACCUUCACAGGGUUGGUAAUGCUUUGAAGAACGAUGCUAGCGUGUACUGCACCAAAAAGUCGCAUUGCAACAUGAUCUUGAGACACCAUGGAGAGAGCACCUUUAGCUUGGAUAAGAUCGUCAUCAGGGCGCCCGAACGGGGAUUUACAGCUCCGUACGUUAACUCUGACGAAGAAACUUUGUUGGAGCCUACUGACCCGGAUGCGGCGAACAGCGUCCAGGAAGGCAUGAUUUUCUUGGCCAUGGACACCGAGUCCCUACUCACCGGCACUGCUCCCUACCAAAUCGACUACGGCGCUGGUUCUUCGACCUCGUCUCGUGCCUCCAGUACCUCUUCCUCUUCGUCCCGCCGGCCCGACCGCAUCUCCCUCCUCGAAAGCCUCCACGAUCCCGAAGUACUCGCGGGAAUGGCCCGUCGCCACGACUUCCGCGAUCGUUCGGAGCAACAGACGCCAGAGGAGCGUGAGGCAAGGUAUGCACGUCUGCUACGCAUGAGGCGUCGUCUGGAGUCGAGACAGCACAGAGAUACCACCAGCGACAACUGCGACUACUCCGAGUCGGCCGAUCGACCUGCCAUCAUCUCCCCCAGUGCGCCAACACCGCCCCCGGCUCUCCAAGGCCUUCAUGUCACCCAGGAAGAGGAUGAUCAGUCGAGCGAGUCGGAACCGGACCAGCCCAGUGCAUCAAUCAUGGCAGAUCGGUUGCGAAGGGACAGCCGUUGGCGCGCAGAGAGCGAGGAAGACGAGUACGAGGACGAGGUGCGGAACGUUAAUCACCUCCUCUGGGACCGAAGAACAGGGCCUGGCAUCAUUCGCUCUGCACGGAGGAGCACUCCUAGCAAGAUUGAGCCGGAAGAUUCUGCGGUGCUGGACGGCGACGUCUUGGCCCCCCAUGCAAGAUUCUUUAUGCAAAAGAACAAGAGCAAGAUCACCAUUCGGUUUGACCCGCCUGUAUCCGGCAAAUUCAUCCUCCUCAAACUCUGGAGUCCCUCCAAGCAUGGCAACAUUGAUAUUCAGAAUAUCGCUGUUCACGGAUUCUCCGGACCGCGCUACUUCCCUGCCGUUGAGAUGCGUUGA